CAAAAACACUUUUCGAGAUAUGUCGUUUUGUUGAAUAUGUGCCGUGUGCGCAGUGAUGUCAUAUUAUUUUACUUUCCCUAUUAUCAGCUGUCAUUUGUCUUCUAACCCAGACCUGAUUGACAAUCUUCAACAAUUGUGCUACUAUGACAAGUUUUCCUUUCAAAAAUAAUCAGGUCUUUUAUGUGUUGUUCAAAACGUGACUACAAUUAUUAAUUCGUUAUUUAAAUACCUUUGUCGUGAAUCCUCAAAAUCGUCUCCUGUUGAUUUUCAAUUCUCGAUGAUUGGCAUGAAUUCAAGAAUUCCUCUUACUGGAUUAUCGUGAUGAUAUUUCUCAUAUUAUUAAGAAAAAGUACUUUUCAAAUUCUCCUGUGCGCCAAAUAUGUGGCGCAUUCAGCAGAAUAUUCAAAAUAAAAGUGGAUGGAUGAAAAUGAUUAAUGAACUGAAAAGAAAGUGAAAUAAAAAAUAUUUAGUAAAAUUUUACUAUGAAAAUAAAAAAAAGUUUUCUUCUUUAGCUACUAAAGUCUAAAGUCGAUUAGUAAACAUAAAAUAUUAAUUUGUACCUUUUAAUGUGUGUUAUUUCUUGGGAAAGAAUGCUUCUGGAACAAUAAGGAAGGACUUUCGGUGAAAAAUACUGAAAAAAGAAAUCAUAAAAUUAAAAAAAACUAAUGGCAAAUGACAAUUGAUUAAAAGCUCUGAGAAUGAUUAAACUUAAUUAAAGCACGUCAAAACAAAUUUCACGUGGUGGACAAAACGAUACUGUCAUUUCGAAAAGUGCAUUUACAAUGUCACGUGUAUGUUUAAACCUGUGGAAUGAUUACAACUCAAAAGGAAAAAACACUUUUUUGACUUUCCUCUUUGUUGAAAACAAUGCUUGUCAGACAUGAACACUCCAUUGGAGCAUGAUUUUGUUGAUUAUAAAUAUUCCCCACAAACAAAAUCCCAAGAAGAUGACGUACAAGAACCACAAGAAUUAGAUGAAAACUCAAGUACGGAUAUUCCACUUCAUGAAUUGGCGACUGAUUUGUUGCAUUGUGAAAUUUGUGGUCAAGAAUUUUUGAAAAAGAAAGACUUACGAUCACAUAUUAACGUGCAUUUGGGUGAACCUCGUGUUGUGCUGAGAAGAAUUCCAAAUCCGAGAGCAGUGAAGAAAAAACAGGACGAUAAAUAUUGGUUGGAUCCUGAUCAAAAGGGAACUUUGAAGUUUACUUUGAAAAAGCAGUGCAGCUCCGAUUCUUUGAAGCUUACAUUGAAAAAGUCUUCAGUGUCUGAAGACUUUACUGUUAUAAACAGCAAUUUGGAUAUCCAUUCGGAAAAUUAUAACGAAGACGAGGUGGCAGGCCUUAGAGAAAAUGAAGAUAAGGAUGACAAUGAGGUGGAAAAUCAAAUUAACGAACCGUUUGAAAAUGUGAUAUUAAAUCAGCAGGAAGACGAUGACAAUGCAAAAUAUGAUACGGAAACGCGGAAUCCUCUGGAAGAAACAGAAAGGACAUCAGUUGAUAUUAAUGAAGGAGAUUCGGGAGUUGGAAGCGACAUGGCAAAUCCUUCGGAGAGAGAGGAUCAGAAUAUAGACGAUUUACAAGCAGGAGACAAUUAUGAAUCAUCGGAGAAGGUAGUAAAUGAAAGUGAAUAUCCAGAAGAAUCAGACAAUCUCGAAGAAACAUGCAGAGAAACAAUAGAAAAUCUCAAGAUCCUUGGUGAACAAUCAAGGUUUGUAAAACCGAAACAAUUCUGCUUCAUCAACAAUUUUUCCAGAUCGACGGCUGAGACACCAGAGAAAAAUCCAACCGAUGAAGAUGAAAAUACAGAAAGUUCCAGUAAUGUAAUACAAGCACUACACAGUAAACCGGAAAUAAGUUUAGUACCGAAAGCUUCUAUUAUGGCACCAGAACCAGUUCGAUCAUCAGCAGACGGACGAAUUGAUAAAGAAAGUGAGCAAAGAAGUUCAACGUUCAGCUGGAAUCAAAUAACGACCGACGAGAACGAUAAACAGGACGCAAGUUUAGAAGACAGUGAAACUGGCUCAACUUCAGCCAACGACAGUACCGGAAAUUUACUUUCAAACUUCCUCAUUGAACAUCAACGACAAAGUCAAAACGAAUUAUCAAACAACAUACCGACUUUUGAAACAGAAUACGUUUCUUUAGAAAGACUAGCCGAAACAGUGAGCACAUGUCGCGUUUGCAACGAAAAAUUCAAGGACAUUGCACAAUUAGACGCUCACAAAGCUAAAAUGGGCCAUUUUCAAUGCAACAUUCCAGACUGUGGAAAUUUAAUUUUCAACAAUCCGAUGGAAGUGUCAAUUCACAAAAUGCAAAUACACGGUGCGCCAAUGUCGCCGAAUAUUAAUCAAAUGUCGCCUCAUAUGAGCGGCAGUUCACCACAUUUAAAUCAAAAUUCACCCUACAUGAAUCAUAAUUCACCGCAUUUGAAUCAAAGUUCACCGCACAUGAAUACAACGUCACCGCAUAUGACAGUGGAUCCGCAAAAUCCUGGAACAUCUCCCCAUCAAGCUGGUUCACCUUCAUAUAAUCCCCUUGCCAAUAAUUCACAGCAAAUGAUCACUCCUGUUAAUUUCGAUCAAUUGCCAGCACCAGUUCAACAAUUGGCACAACAAGUACAACGAAUGCCACUUCCUCAGCCGCAAAUGCAACCGACUCUUCCGCCAGGAGCGAAUACAAUGAUUCCCAAUAAUAUGUACAUUCAACCACCGGGAAGGCCUCCAAUGUAUCGAGUCGCCGGACCUCAGGGCAUGUAUCCACCUCAUAUGCCUCAUAUGUACCCGCAAUAUGGACCACCACCACCUGGUUAUCCAGGUCCGCAGAUGGGAGUACCCCAGAUGCAUCCUCAAAUGCCACGGAGCCGAUAUUCGACGAUCGUACAAACCCCACGAGCUCCCAGGAUACCGCCUCCUCAGGCAAUGCCUCGUCAACGUUUAAAGAGACCAAUGCAGCAACCGGUACAAAUGCAACAAAUGAAUAAUGCAAAUGUUAAUAAACAAAGAAGAAUGGACGUUCUUUUACCUGAUAGAAACGAAGAUCCCGACUGUCAUGUUAUCGCCCAACAAAAACGAAAUGACGGUGUUCCUGUGAUACAAAAUGUUCAAGGUGCUACAACUCAAUCAAACAAAAGUGAUUCCACAAUUCAUCUCACCGAUUCAAUUACACUUAGUGUUCGACAACCUGGUUCCGCUCCAGCUCAAGUGCAGAAUACAACGACGACUGGUGGAAAAAAGCCGGAUGCAAAAGCAGUUGCUAAUGUUUUAGCGGCGCGAGGAAUUACAGUUACACCAGCGAUGCAAAAGGGUAAAUCUGGUGAACAAGGGAAGCAAGUGUCGGGACAACAGCAACAACAGCAGCAACAACAACAACAACAGGCCCAACAAUCACAGAGACCAGCGCCGGCGCAAAAUAUACCGGCUUUAAAUUUAAAUUCAGCAAUAUCAAUUAUUCCGGCGAGCUCACAGAGAAAGCAACAGGAACAGCAGGGACAGUUUGCUGUUCCUCAGAAUAAACAAAGUAAACCGCCUAGCAAUGAAGUUGAGAGGCCACCACGACCACCAACGGUAGAUCUCACUCAGGACACUCCACCUGCACCACCUCUUGUCAGACGUGGACGACCACCGAGGGCAUUAUUAACAUGUCAAGUGUGUGACAAACGAUUUCAAAAUCAAGAAAUGCUCACGCAACAUAUGGCAAAUCACCGAGCAACUAGUAAACUCUUACACAAAUGUAAUUUGUGUCCUGCACAAUAUCCAACGGCUUCAGCUUUAAUGACGCACAAACAGACCUAUCACAAGGAGGUAGAUUCAGGUUUACAGAAUGGUGGGAUUGAAUUAGCAUUGCCAGUUGUUGAUUUAAAAUCACCGCACGUCGUUAAUCGUCUCUCGAAUCUUGGAAUUCAAAGUUUCAUUCCCUUGUCUCAGCUGAGUGCUCAAACUGGAGGCUAUUUUGGUUUACCAAUAGUAACAAUAGACGGUGCGCGAAAUCCGAAUGUUUGUAAUUUAGGAGCUCUUGGUGCCACUUCAAUUUUAAGUCUCGGACCACUCAAACAUUUAUCAAACAGGUAACUGUGACCAACGAAUUUUUGAGUUUUACGUUCGAUUUUUUUCUUUAAUAUGUUCCAUUAAUUUUUCUCAGUUUAUCUAAUUUUUUUUUCUUUUCAUUUUGCAAUAAAAAGUAUUGCGUUUAUUUUUAUUUUAUUUUUUUUUCAAAACCAUGACGUUUUAUAUUUUUGAUUAAAAAUUUAUAAAUAUCUAGAUAUAUAAAUAAUCAAAAAUGCUCCACUGUUAAUACUAGUUGAGAGUUUCUAUUUUGCUUUGUUUGUUCAGAAUUUUUUUUUAAAUGCACUGUGAAAUUACUUAGAAACAUUAUGAGAUGUGUUAGUCGAUUAAAAUGUAAAUUAUAAACAAUUUUAUUGUAUACGAAAACAAUAUCGUUGAUUUCGAUUUUCUUAUAAAUUGACAUUUACUUCUUUUUUUUGUUUAGUAAAUUAACAAUUUAUAAAAAAUGAUUUUGUUAAAUUAGUCAAAAUUAAAAAAAUGAAUUUUUCUCAGACUUUACAUUAAUAAACUUGGCACGAUUAUUUCUAUUGCAAUAUAAUUUUAUUGUCUUGAAUUGAUGUUUUCUUUCAUUUUUCAUUUUGUUGAAAAAUGAUCGAUUUAUAUAUUAUUAUUUUUUUUAAUUAAGAAUGUUUUUUUUUUAAUUUUUGUGCGAAGUUUAAAAAUGUUCUUUCUUUUUCAUUUAAUUGGAAGCUAACCAGAAAGUUUAUUGUUAAAUUGAAGCCAAUUGUUUUGUUUUGAUCGUCAUGGAAAUGUGAGCUUCCGAAAUGUAUGUCAUUCUAAUUCAUUUCGUUUUGCAUCCAAUUAUUUAUUUUCAUUCGUAGUCACGGUAUUAAAUGUACAUAGAAUAUUCUUUAAAGUCUUUAGAAAAUAUACUAUAUAUUUGUUUAGAAGAUGUUCCGAGUUCCGGAUUUGUUAAGUAAUAACUUAUAGACGUAGACCAGAACUGAAUAAAAAAAUAAUGACCGUCAAAUUUUAUAAUAAUCACAAAAAAAAUACAGAAACUAUAAAUAUUUAUAUAAAUAAUGUAAAUUAAAAUCAGAGUGAAGAGAAAAAUCUGUUAUUUUCAAAUAACUUGAAAUUUUUAUUUGUUUUCCUAAAAAAAAUUAUGUUUAACUUCAUAUUUAAAAUAUGUUUUGAAAACAAAAAAAGUUUUUCAAAAAAAAAUACUUUACAAAAUUCUUGGAUUAGAAAAUUAAAGUGGAAAAUAGAAAAAAAAUAUUACUGUAAUAAAAUAAUAUUUCACUAUAAUCGUGUAAGCAAUAUAAUUGCAAAUUAUGUACAAUUUUUGUCGUUUUCAUGCGAAAGAAACAAACAAAAGAAAAUAUGUGAUAUUGUCGAAUAACGGCCUCAGAUUUUUCUAAUCUAAGAAAAUUUCUGUGUAGUGUAGAAAAAAAGUAUUUUUUAUCGAGUUCCUCCUUUUUUUUCUUUUUCUUAAAAAAUUUAUCUAUUUCUUUCAAUUUAAAAAAUGUUCAAUUAGUUUGCUCGAUAAAUGCUUCGCUAGCGACCCAAAUGUUCUCGAAAAAUCUUUAUCUUAUUUCAAAGUUUGUAAAUAGACGUACAUAUAUAUUACAAUUAAAGUUGAAUGUUGUAUAACAAACAAUUCUAUUGUAAAAGGUAUUAUAUUAAUUAAAUCUGUGCGUGAAAGUUACGUAUGACUGAUAUUGUGAAUGAAUUUGAAUAUGCAUAUCUGUAUUUUUAUAAAACGUUAAAAAAUGCGAUCUUUAUUAUUUUAAAGGUGUAUAAGAUUUGAUUAUAAAUAAAAUUUACAAAACAUAAAA